AUGACAGGAUGUCAUUUUCUUCAGUUAAAUAGCAAUGUCUUGACGUCUGCAUUGACCCAUUUUAGAGUUUUUGGAUGCAAGGAGUGGAAAUGGAUAAAUUCAAAAGAUGGCGAAGAAGUGGACUCAACGGUAUCAUCAAAUCUACGUUCGUUUGGGGUUGUGUAUUGUGACCUGAAUGAUGAUAUUUUUUCAGCAGGUUUCACGCAGUUGACCACAGUUACGUCUUUAAACCUAUCGGGAACUAAUAUCACAUUCCUUUCUGAGUGCAUCAAAGAAUUUCAGCACCUGGAUGAUCUUGAUGUGAGUGAUUGCAAGUAUCUACAGGAAAUUAGAGGGAUUCCACCAAAGUUGAGAAAGUUCAGGGCGAAAGACUGUAGAUCAUUGACUUCCUCGAGUUCAAGCAUGUUGUUAAAUCAGCAGCCUGAAUAUGCAGAAUUAGUUAAACCAAUGGUGUUAAUCAACGGCCUACUUCGAGGCUCUUAUGAUUAUAGUUAUUAUUUGGAGAGACAAAAGGGGAUUGUGGAAUUGGAUCAUGUGUACCUCUUUGAUCUACGAGUGUUACCUUUCCAAGAUGAUCUGAUGGAAAUGCCUUUAGAAGAAGAGUGGAAGCAUGUAGAGGUUACGUAUCAAGAUUACAUUCACACCGAAAUAUUCGUCUAUGAUGUGUUCCUCAGCUUUAGAGGGGAAGACACGCGUUAUGGUUUCACUGGCAAUCUUUACAAAGCUCUUUGUGACAAGGGAAUUCACACUUUCAUUGAUGAUGACAAGCUUGAGAGAGGAGAGAAAAUAACACCAGCACUUAUGAAGGCAAUUCAAGAGUCUAUGAUUGCCAUCACUGUGCUCUCUCACAACUAUGCUUCUUCCUCCUUCUGCUUAGAUGAACUUGCAGCCAUCCUUGACUGCAAGAAUAAAGGGCUACUUGUUAUACCCCUAUUUUAUAAGGUGGACCCUUCAUAUGUGAGACACCAGAAAGGGAGUUAUGGAGAAGCAUUGACAAAGCAACAGAAAUGGUUCAACAUGUGGAGGUUACCUAUGAGGGUGUGUUUGAGACCUCAGUGA